AUGUCCGUGACCAUAUGUCAGUCCAUGGGCUUCGUGGUGUCAGCUUUGGGGAUAGGAGGCAUCAUCGGGGCCACCUGCAUGGACCAGUGGAGCACCCAAGACCUGUACAACAACCCGGUGACCGCCGUGUUCAACUACCAGGGCCUCUGGCGCACCUGCGUCCGGGAGAGCUCCGGCUUCACCGAGUGCCGCGGCUACUUCACCAUCCUGGGGCUGCCAGCCAUGUUCCAGGCUGUGAGGGCCCUCAUGAUCGUGGGGAUUGUCCUGGGCAUCCUUGGCCUCCUUGUCUGCAUUUUUGCCCUGAAAUGUGUCCGGAUUGGCAGCAUGGAGGACUCUGCAAAAGCCAACAUGACUCUGACCUCUGGCAUCAUGUUUAUUAUUGCUGGUCUGUGUGCCAUCACUGGAGUGUCUGUGUUUGCCAACAUGCUGGUCACAAACUUCUGGAUGUCCACGGCCAACAUGUACCAAGGGAUGCAAAACGUCCAGAACAGGUACACCUUUGGCUCAGCCCUCUUUGUUGGCUGGGUAGCAGGUGGCCUGGCCCUGGUAGGAGGCAUCUUGAUGUGCCUUGCUUGCAGGGGGCUGAUUCCAGAAGAAUCCAGGUACAAAGCAGUGUCCUACAACGCCUCGGGACGGAACAUCUCCUACAGGACGGGGCCAUAUAGGGUUGGCUCAGGGUAUGAACCUGAAAUGAAGACUAGGAAGGGGGCAGGGUAUGAAGAAGCUGCUCGAAGUGAGGAUGGAAGGCGCUCCUACCCUUCCAAAUAUGACUAUGUCUAG